UAAUUAAGUACGGUUUAUUAAGGACCGUAACUUAAUUAGAAGGCUGGAAGGAUUGAAUCCUUACCGACGUGUCAUCCCUUCCCCGGUUCGAUGUCGGGAUGAAUUUGGUUCAGGGAAAAAAAAAUUAAACGCGAAGGAGAUUAAAAAAAAAAAAGCUCCGGGCGAUCGAAGAGGCGACAGACGACUUGGUGAUAUCGAAGGUUACGGAAUCAUGGGCCAAGAUUAUAGCUAUAGCCAACCGUCGUCUUCAGAAGUGAGUUUAACUUGGCUUCUUCAAGAAGAAGCAGAUGUGUAUGCCGAUGAAGCUCAGAGUAGGUUGAACCUUCAAGUCCCUGUUCAGUACGUUCCUCAACCUGAUGUCGAAGAAGGAAUCCCGAAGACAUGUUACUGUGGUGGUGACCCUGUAGUCGCAACAUCUUACACACCGAGAUAUCCAGGGAGAAGGUAUUUCACAUGUCAGAACGUAGACGACGACGACUGCCAUGUUUGGAAGUGGUGGGAUGUGGCCGUUACGGAGGAGUUGAGUGACAUUCAGACACAACUUAGGCAGCUCAAGGACCAAGGUAACGAGAGUGAGGAGAAAGUGGUUAAGCUUAAGGAGACAGUUUGUGAGCUAGCUAAGAAGAAUUCAGGGGUUACCACGGGCUUCCACUUGCUUUGUUGUUUAAUUGGUGGUCUCGUAAUAGCUCUCCUGCUUAUGUGUCUGCCGGGGGCAGGGUCCAAAGCUUGAAGCGGGAGUGUCUCACCUCGACACUGUGUAUAUAAAAGGUACUAACUGUAACAACUUCCAUCUUUCUUGUUGUUUUUGAUAAGUAUAGUUACCAAGUAACUACUCGGAUUUGAUAACUUGAAAUGUUUUAAGAGUUGAAAAAUUAAAUGAAAAAUGUUUUCUAUCUUCCUAACCUCUCCGAUUUGAUUGGUGUUAAAUGAUAAUUUUAAAUGCUAGUGAAUUUCUAUCUACCUUUCUUUAACUUGUGUGUGAGCAAUGAGCAGAAAGCUGACGCUUUCUGGAAGAGAAUCGUUGAUUACUACAAUGCAAGCCCUCUCUUGGUUGGGACAGCACCUAGGGAGCUCGGUCAGUGCAAGCAGCGGUGGGCGAGGAUUAACGAGGGCGUCUGUAAGUUCGUUGGCUGCUACGACGCGGCUCUGAGGUGCCAGAGUAGUGGUCAAAACGAGGAUGACGUGAUGAAAGCUGCCUUGGACUUCUACUACAACGACCACUCCAUCAAGUUCAACCUCGAACAUGCUUGGAGGGAGCUCCGGCAUGACAGUAAAUGGUGCUCAACCUAUCUGCCUAAGGAGGGGCCUAAGGAGAAGCGCAAGCAAGUGUUGGAGGUUGAUGGAGAUGAGGAAGUGAGAGAACCUGAAGCAAGACCUAUCGGGGUAAAGGCUGCAAAAGCUGUUCUAAAGAGGAAGAAGAGCAGUAAGGAACUUGAGUUGUCAAAGUUAGAGGCCCUGUUUGAAAUAAAACAGAAACUCUCUAACCAAAAAAUCCUAGAACGUUUGAUAGCCAAACAAGACCCCCUCUCUGAGAUGGAAACAUCACUUAAAAACAAACUAAUGUCUGAGAUGUUACAGUAAGGUAUGUUUAUAGUUUUGAAUAUAAUUUCACUUGCAGGGUCACGGGUGCAUUUUAGACUUGUCACAUUUUGAGGACAUGUGAAGCCAGCUCACGGGUGAAGUAAGCUCACGGGUUCCUCUGUCAUGACUUGUCCUUUCAUCUCUAAUUUGGCCUUAUGUACUUCUAUAAGUUGGCGUAAAGCCUCGGUUUAGGUAGCACUUGUAGUUCACUUGUUUCUUUAGCUUUCUGUGUACUUGAAAACCGUUGUAUUGGCGUGAAGCCUCGGCUUGUAUUGACAUAACUCCAGCACUUUGUAUCA